AUGACCAUUGCCAACGGAGGAAAGAGAAAACGUCAAAAAGGUAGUCACUCAAAUACACCCAACGUUUACAUUCUAUCCACCCAAUGUCGAGAUUGGGUAAUUUGCGCUCCCGCUGCCUGCCUUUCAGGUGAACGUCAACAAGCUCCCCAGUCACAAGAAAUCAACAAAGUCAAAAGGUGGACAGAAGAGAAACGAGAGUUCUUGCGCAGUCUUGUCCGCAAACACGGUGAAAGAGGAAAAUGGAAUGAAAUUACUGCGGAAUUCAAUCAGGUCUUUGGGCAUUCCCGUAGUCAGCUUUUCGACUAUUGGCGGAAAGUCCUCAAACGUCAGCCUGUUACGACGAUGGAUGAGGACCUGGAUGUGCCUGUAGGUACCAAUAACCAAGUCGGACAAGAGGACGAUGAUGUGCAAGAAGACGGAGAAGUGGAGGAAUAUGAAGAAUAG